CCCCGGGCCCCCGAUGGCCCGGACGGCCUGGGAGGAGGAGGAGUGCCUGGACUAUUAUGGGAUGGUGUCCCUGCACCGGCUCUUCGAGGUGGUGGGGGCCCAGCUGACCCCCAGCGACGUGGCCGUGCUGUCCUUCCUGCUGGACGAGACCCCCCCCUCGGCCGAGCCCCCGCAGGCCGAGCCCGACGGGGCCGCCCCAGACCCCCCCUCCGCACCCAGGGACCCCCGGGGGGCCGCGGGGCCCCCCCGGAACGGGCUGGAGCUGCUGCUGGAGCUGGAGAGGAGGGGGCUGUGCCACGAGGGGGACCUGGGGCACCUGCGGCAGCUGCUGCGCCUCGUCACCAGGCACGACCUGCUGCGCUGUGUCACCCUCAAGAGACCUCGACCUGGUUCGAGCUCCGGAGCGGAAGCGAAGCCCCGGAACACGCGGAGCCCCCGCAGAGCCCGCCGGCCCCUCCCCACAGAGACCCCCGGGACCCCGGAGCCCCCGGCCAAGGUCACCUGCGACAUCAGGCUCCGUGUCCGUGCCGAGUACUGCGACCACGACCGUGCCCUGCGCCGGGGGUUAUCCUGGUGUGUUUUACAGACAUCAGGCUCCGUGUCCGUGCCGAGUACUGUGACCACGACCGUGCCCUGCGCCGGGGGGUGUUGUGGAGCAGGGACUGGGGGCACUGGGGGUGUGCUGGCUGUCCCGUAUUGCUUUGUACUGGUCUGUAAUGGUCCAUACUGGUCUGUAAUGGUUAUCCUGGUGUGUUUUACAGACAUCAGGCUCCGUGUCCGUGCCGAGUACUGUGACCACGACCGCGCCCUGCGCCGGGGGGUGUCGUCGAGCCGCCCGCGGGGGCCGGGCCGGCAGCUGGACGUGUUCGGGCAGGCCUCGGGGGUGCUGAAGGCGCGGGAUUUGGGCUCCAUCCUGUGCGACAUCAAAUUCUCGGAGCUGUCCUACCUGGAGGCUUUCUGGGGCGAUUACCUGAGCGGGGCCCUGCUCGAGGCCCUCAAGGGCGUCUUCCUGACCGAGGGGCUGCGCCGCGCCGUGGGCCGCGAGGACGUGCGGCUGCUCGUCAGCGUCGACCAGGACGACUACGAGGCCGGCAGGAGGCUCCUCAUCAGCGCAGGACAGGGACAGGGAUGGGGACAG